AUGGGGUUGGAGAAGAAGCUAUUCGGUGGAGUUCUCGUAAGGAACCACGCAAGGCGGUGGCUUUGCGGUGGCGAUGUGGGGCCGCGGCGUGGCUUCUCGGCUUCGGUUCAGAAGCCGGAUCUGCCGGCUUUCGACUACGAGCCCAAGCCGUACACUGGCCCUUUGGCCGAUGAGGUUCUGGAGAAGCGCAGGAGAUAUCUCGGCCCUUCUCUUUUUCAUUACUACCAAAAGCCCCUGAAUAUUGUCGAAGGAAAAAUGCAGUAUCUGUAUGAUGAGAAUGGAAGAAGAUAUCUCGAUGCAUUUGCUGGAAUCGUGACAGUUUCUUGUGGUCACUGCCAUCCCGAGAUCUUGAAUGCCAUAACCGAACAAAGCAAGCUACUACAACACGCAACCACAAUAUAUUUGCACCAUGCAAUAGCUGAUUUUGCUGAGGCUCUGGCAUCUAAGAUGCCUGGAGAUUUAAAGGUUGUUUAUUUUGUAAAUUCUGGGACAGAAGCCAAUGAGCUAGCAAUGUUGAUGGCAAGAUUGUACAGUGGCAGCCUUGGAAUGAUUGCCCUUAGAAAUGCAUAUCACGGUGGAAGUUCGAAUACUAUCGGACUCACGGCUCUUAACACAUGGAAAUACCCAAUUCCACAGGGCGAAAUUCAUCAUGUUGUGAACCCAAACCCGUACAGGGGCGUGUUUGGGUCUGAUGCAAAACGAUAUGCCGAGGAUGUACAAGACCACAUUGAUCACGGUACAUCAGGAAAAGUUGCUGGAUUUAUUGCCGAGACAAUUCAGGGAGUUGGUGGGGCAGUUGAAUUGGCACCAGGAUACCUAAAACUUGUUUACGAUAGUGUUCGUAAAGCUGGUGGUGUAUGCAUUGCAGAUGAAGUGCAAACGGGCUUCGGUCGAACAGGGACCCAUUAUUGGGGUUUCGAAACGCAGGGUGUAGUUCCCGACAUUGUUACCAUGGCUAAGGGCAUAGGCAAUGGUUUGCCUCUUGGAGCUGUCGUGACAACUCCAGAAAUAGCAAGUGUUUUGGCUCAAAAAAUACAAUUCAACACCUUUGGAGGAAACCCCGUAUGCUCGGCCGGUGGGCUUGCCGUGCUCAAUGUUCUCGAUAAGGAAAAACGUCAACAGCAUUGUGCCGAGAUCGGAUCUCACAUGAUCCAACGUCUAAGGGAUCUUCAACAAAAGCACGACAUUAUUGGCGAUGUGAGGGGCAGAGGCCUAAUGGUCGGUAUAGAACUUGUGACUGACAGAAAACAGAAGACGCCCGCCAAAGCUGAAACUGCGGUUUUGUUUGAAACUCUCAGAGAACUCGGUGUUUUGGUUGGGAAAGGUGGCCUUCAUGGUAAUGUCUUCAGAGUAAAGCCCCCUAUGUGUUUUUCAAGAUGUGAUGCAGAUUUCCUUGUUGAUGCAUUGGACUAUGCCAUGUCAAAGUUGUGA